GUCACAGAGAUGCUUCCAGGCGGCAAGUCAGAGCGCACAGCUCAGGGAGACAGUGGUGGACAAAGGUGGGGCUGGGGGCUGCUUGAGCCAGGCAGGCCAGGGAAGGCCCUUCUGUGAGGUGAAUGCUUGGUAAGAGAUCCGAGGAUGAGAAAGGCGCCAUGUUUUGGAAGUUUGACCUGCACACAAGCUCGCACCUGGACACGCUGCUGGAGCGGGAGGACCUGAGCCUGCCCGAGCUGCUGGACGAGGAAGACGUGCUGCAGGAGUGCAAGGUCGUCAACCGCAAGCUGCUGGACUUCCUGCUGCAGCCACCCCACCUGCAAGCAAUGGUGGCCUGGGUCACCCAGGAGCCGCCAGCUAGCGGUGAGGAGCGGCUGCGCUACAAGUACCCCAGUGUGGCCUGCGAGAUUCUGACCUCAGACGUGCCCCAGAUCAAUGACGCCCUGGGUGCUGAUGAGUCCCUUCUGAACCGGCUCUACGGCUUCCUGCAGAGCACCGGCAGCCUCAACCCACUGCUGGCCAGCUUCUUCAGCAAGGUCAUGGGCAUCCUCAUCAACCGCAAGACAGACCAGCUCGUGUCCUUUCUUCGGAAGAAGGAUGACUUCGUGGACCUGCUGCUGCAGCACAUCGGCACUUCGGCCAUCAUGGACCUUCUGCUGCGCCUGCUCACCUGUGUGGAGCGGCCCCAGCUGAGGCAGGACGUUGUCAAUUGGCUCAACGAGGAGAAGAUCGUCCAGCGGCUGAUUGAGCAGAUCCACCCGUCCAAGGAUGAGAAUCAACAUUCCAACGCGUCCCAGUCCCUGUGUGACAUCAUCCGCCUGAGCCGGGAGCAGAUGAUCCAAGUCCAGGACAGCCCAGAGCCUGACCAACUGCUGGCCACCCUGGAGAAGCAGGAGACGAUCGAGCAGCUCUUAAGCAACAUGUUCGAGGGGGAGCAGAGCCAGUCUGUCAUCGUCAGUGGGAUCCAGGUGCUGCUGACCCUGCUGGAGCCCAGGAGGCCGAGGUCCGAGUCCAUGACCGUGAACAACUUCUUCAGCAGUGUGGAUGGGCAGCUGGAGCUCCUGGCCCAGGGGGCCCUGGAAAGCACUGUGUCCAGUGUGGGCGCCUUGCACGCCCUGCGCCCGCAGCUCAGCUGCUUCCACCAGCUCCUGCUGGAGCCUCCCAAGCUGGAGCCGCUACAGAUGACGUGGGGCAUGCUGGCUCCGCCUCUGGGCAACACGCGGCUGCACGUGGUCAAACUCCUGGCCGGUGCCCUGAGCGCCAAUGAUGCAGCCCUGACGCAGGAGCUCCUGGCACUGGACGUGCCCAACACCAUGCUGGACCUCUUCUUCCACUAUGUCUUCAACAACUUCCUGCAUGCCCAAGUGGAAGGAUGCGUGAGCACCAUGCUGAGCUUGGGGCCACCUCCUGACAGCAGCCCUGAGACGCCCAUCCAAAACCCUGUUGUGAAACAUCUGCUGCAGCAAUGCCGCCUGGUGGAGCGGAUCCUGACGUCCUGGGAGGAGAACGACCGUGUACAGUCUGCGGGAGGCCCUCGGAAAGGCUACAUGGGCCACCUGACGAGAGUGGCUAAUGCCCUGGUGCAGAACACAGAGAAGGGGCCCAAUGCAGAGCAGCUGGGGCAGCUGCUGAAGGAGCUGCCCAGCGAGCAGCGGGAGCAGUGGGAAGCCUUUGUAUCGGGGCCCCUGGCGGAGACCAACAAGAAGAACAUGGUGGACCUGGUGAACACCCACCACCUACACUCCUCCAGUGACGAUGAGGAUGACCGGCUCAAGGAGUUCAACUUCCCCGAGGAGGCCGUGCUGCAGCAGGCCUUCAUGGACUUCCAGAUGCAGCGCAUGACCUCUGCCUUCAUUGACCACUUUGGCUUCAAUGAUGAGGAGUUCGGGGAGCAGGAGGAGAGUGUGAACGCACCUUUUGACAAGACAGCCAACAUCACCUUCUCCCUCAAUGCUGAUGAUGAGAACCCCAACGCCAACCUACUUGAGAUAUGCUACAAGGACCGCAUCCAGCAGUUUGAUGAUGAUGAGGAAGAGGAGGACGAGGAAGAGGCCCAGGGCUCAGGGGAGUCUGAUGGAGAAGAUGGCGCCUGGCAGGGCAGCCAGCUGGCCAGGGGGGCCCGUCUGGGCCAGCCCCCUGGUGUCCGGAGUGGAGGCAGCACAGACAGUGAGGACGAAGAAGAGGAGGACGAGGAGGAGGAAGAAGACGAGGAGGGCAUUGGCUGUGCAGCCCGUGGAGGGGCCACCCCCCUGUCCUACCCCAGCCCUGGCCCUCAGCCUCCAGGCCCCAGCUGGACAGCCACCUUUGACCCAGUGCCUACAGAUGCCCCGACCAGCCCCCGAGUCUCCGGGGAGGAAGAGCUGCACACUGGGCCUCCAGCCCCACAGGGGCCCCUCAGUGUGCCCCAGGGCCUCCCCACUCAGAGCCUGGCCAGCCCUCCUGCCCGUGAUGCCCUGCAGCUCAGGUCUCAGGACCCCACACCCGCCUCAGCACCUCAGGAAGCCACAGAAGGCAGCAAAGUCACGGAUCCCUCAGCCCCCUGCCAGGCCUUGGUUAGCAUCGGGGACCUUCAGGCCACCUUCCACGGGAUCCGUUCUGCCCCCAACUCCUCGGACAGUGCAACCAGAGACCCCUCUACCUCUGUCCCAGCCUCCGGGGCCCACCAGCCCCCCCAGACCACAGAAGGGGAGAAGAGCCCAGAGCCCUUGGGGCUUCCCCAAAGCCAGAGUGCCCAGGCCCUCAAGCCUCCUCCAAUACCCAAUGGCUCUGCCCCGGAAGGGCCUGCAUCCCCAGGCUCCCAAUAGCUGCCUGGUGCGGCAGCGGUGGCCAGAUCUUCCGUCCUCCCGUGGAUCUCCCAGGGUGGGGGCAGGGCGGGUCCCACGAUGGCCCCCAUUGCCGUCAUCACCCUGACACCCCCACAUUCUCUCCUCUGGGCCCCCAGGAGGCUGGUGCCAGGGAGACAGGCCCAACCCACCCCCAUUUGCACUGAGAAGAGAAGUUUUGGAGCGUUGCCUCCUAGAAUAAAGAUAAAGAGAGUCAAAUAGAGAGAAUGGAGAGAGAGAAACGUAUAUUAUAUAUUAUAUAGAGAGAGGGAGGAGAGCGAGAGAGAGUGAGGACGCCGAGCUGGGCUGGCGGCUCCAAAGCACAGCCUUCCCCGUUCCGUCCCAGCGGGGGCUGGUGUUAGGGUUCCCAAGGUUGCCACCCUCGUGCCCAGCUGUCCCACGCUCCAGCGCAGACGGCCACGCCCACACCCGGCCUUUUAGCUCAGGUCCACCAUGGGGGACGGCCCAGCGUGGGUGGGGGUGCCAGAGGGUCCCGAGUGGGGGCCGUGCCUUUGCCCAGACCCUGCACUUUCAACCAGGCCAGUCCGGCUCUGGGGAGCAGGGGCCUCCCCGGCAACACCCCCAGGGGCCUUGAGGGUCUGAGGUCCCAGCCCUGUUGCCAAGUGGCCUUGUCCCCAGCUCCCUCCUCCCAGGCUGGUGUGAGUGUGCGUGCGUUCGUGCCGAGCUUCUAUUUCAUAUUGCAAAUAUAAAUAAAGGAAGACAGUUUACGA